CAAUGUUCGUUUCCGUUGUCAGAUUCAACAUGUCCCAUCUUCAAUACCAGGCCAAGUCUCGCUUUCCAAUGCGUCUCCCAAGGAAUAUCAAUAGGUGAGCUAUCAUACCACGAAUGACUACGACCUCAAUCGCACCCCAAUCCAGAACCAGACAAAUCCGAUCACGAUGCCUCAAAAAGAGUCCUAUCUUCCUCCCGCCGGACCUCCCCCCUCACAGUCUCAAUAUGCUCCUCCACCCUUUCCUCCCCCAUCCCACGACUGGCAGAUAGCCGUGCCCGACACCUCUCUCCUCCCCCCUCCGCCAACGCUUGGCAACCAACGAAGCCGAACCAACAAUGCGACGGCCUCCGAAGCCGAGCAGGGCGAAGCAUGGUGCGAAUCCAACCCUCUGACGGCUCCCACGGCCCUCCCCGCCGAUGCGCUCUCAUAUCUCGAGAACGGGUCCAUCAGUGCUGUCAGACCACAGCCAUAUAUCGGUCGGCUGGAUCAUCUGCGACCUGGAGUAUGGGCCGGGAAAACAAAAGCCAGUUCUCCGGAUAGCUGCAUCACUAGUUCACUCCCGCUAUACUCCGCCAUGGCGCACUCGCCGCUCCGCACCGGGAAGCCCAAGAUCAUCUACUACGAGGUCCGAAUCGCAGACCGCAAUCGCGCCGAAGUCAGCCUCGCGCUCGGCUUCGCCGCGCCUCCAUACCCGGUCUUCAGACUUCCGGGGUGGCAUCGCGGAUGUCUGGCGAUCCACGGCGAUGACGGAUGUAGAUAUGUUAAUGACCGCUGGGGGGGUCGGGACUUCACGGCUCCGUUCAAGCCUGGGGAAACGCUGGGGAUCGGCAUGAGGUUUGUGAAGAGGGAGGUCGAUGCGCCGCCGGGGUAUGAGGGGACGCCGCGCACAGCGGCGACGACACCGAUUGAUGUGGAGAUCUUCUUCACCCGGGACGGGCGCUGGGCGGGAGGCUGGAAUCUGCAUGAGGAGGGGGAUGCGGAGGAGGAUCUGCCGGUGACGGGAUUGGAAGGGUGGAACGAUCUGUAUGCGGCUGUGGGCACGUUCGAAGAUGUCGGGUUUGAGAUUGUGUUCAAUCACAAGGAGUGGUUGUACCGUCCUUGAAUUCGUCUUCAUACUCGUAAUACCCCUAAAUUUUAAGCCCCUUUUUUUUUUACCGAG